AGGCAAGCAUGACUCAAGCUCAUUCAAAAUCUCACUUCCACCAAUUCUGGGAUGGACUUCAAAUCAAUGGGAACAGCGACAGCUUCGCCAUCGAGCUACUGCCGUCUCUUGGGGCAACCAUAAACCACUCCAAUAAGCUGAGGAAGUUCAUCGUAUCACCCUACGAUCCCCGCUACAGAUUCUGGGAGCUGUUCCUUAUAGUCCUAGUUGUUUACUCCGCCUGGGUUUGCCCGUUCGAGCUGGCAUUCUUGAGGGACUUGCCGUCUAAGCUUGCGCUAGUUGAGAACAUUGUCAAUAGCUUCUUUGCCAUUGAUAUUGUUAUGACAUUCUUUGUAGCUUAUGUUGACAGUAAAACACAUCUUCUUGUGGACGAGCGGAAGAGAAUUGCAGUAAGAUACCUAUCAACUUGGUUCAUAUUUGAUGUGUGUUCAACAGCUCCAUUUCAACCCUUCAUCCUUCUGUUCACACAUAAGGGAAAUGAUCUUUCCUUUAAGGUACUCAAUCUGCUUAGGUUGUGGCGUCUUAACCGAGUCAGCACCCUGUUUGCCAGGCUGGAGAAGGAUAUCCGAUUCAACUAUUUCUGGACCAGGUGCACAAAGCUUAUUUCUGUCACCCUCUUUGCGGUGCAUUGCGCGGGAUGCUUCAACUAUAUGCUUGCUGACAGAUACCCCUACCCAGAGAAUACAUGGAUUGGUGCCGUGAUGCCUACAUUCAGAUCAGAGAGCUUGUGGACUAGAUAUGUUACUGCUCUGUACUGGUCCAUUACAACGCUGACAACAACAGGAUAUGGGGACUUGCAUGCUGAGAACCCAAGGGAGAUGCUCUUUGAUAUUUUCUAUAUGCUCUUUAAUCUGGGCUUGACGGCUUACCUCAUCGGCAAUAUGACCAACCUGGUUGUUCAUGGCACCAGCCGCACCCAGAAAUUUAGGGACUCAAUAUAUGCAGCUUCAGAGUUCGCGGCACGAAAUCAGCUGCCUGUGAGCAUAAAGGAGCAAAUGCUAUCUCACUUCUGCCUACAGUUCAGGACAGAAGGAUAUAACCAGCAGGCCAUGUUAAAUGGUCUCCCAAAAGGAAUCCGUUCAAGCAUAGCAUACAGCUUGUUCUUUCCAAUCAUGCGACGGGCCUACCUCUUCCAUGGAGUAUCCAACAGUUUCAUUGCAGAACUGGUCAUGGAAGUGCAGCCUGAGUAUUUUCCACCAAAGGAAGAUAUCAUAUUGCAGAAUGAAGGGGCAGCUGAUAUUUACCUAAUAGUUUCAGGAGCAGUGAAUAUGAUAACAACCAUAAAUGGGAACGAGCAGGUAUAUGCAAAUGUUACAAAUGGUGAUAUGUUUGGAGAGGUUGGUGCUCUAUGUAACAUACCCCAGCCAUUUACUUUCCGCACAGCUGAACUGUCCCAACUCCUGAGAAUCAGCAGGACAAGACUCAGAGAGGCCAUUCAAAAUCACAGGGAAGACAAUGACAUUCUAAUGAACAAUCUAUUGCAGAAACUGAAGAUACCGGAAAGCUUACCUGAAUUGAACCAACCAGACCGGAGAUUCUUGAGCAAGUAUGACCUAUUUCAUAUACCUCGAGAAGAACGGAUGCUACAAUGGCCACACCAACAUUACACAGAACAGAAAAGUAUAGAUCUUGGUAGCAAGGUUCCAAUAUCUGGAGAUGGUCCUGAUUCAACGAAGGUAUUCGGACAAGUGCCACAGCAAUAUAGAAUGAUGGACAAAGAAGAGGAUCUCAAGGAGGUUCGCAUAAAUUGUGAGACCAAAACAAGCGCUGAAGAGCUCUGUAUUAAAAUAAAAUCCAAAGACAAGGCCGCAGCAAGCAGUCAGCAAACAGUACUUACGAAAAUGCAGCUGGGUUCUCCACACAGGACAUCUGAAAACAUAUCAAGGAGCAGAUAUCAAGAUUAUAGUGGCAUAAAAGCAGCCAAUAAAAGAGUUACAAUUCAUAUAUGUCCUCAUAAUGCAACGGGUUCUAUGGUACAGAAUGGGAAGCUUAUCAACCUGCCUGGUUCGCUGGAGGAACUUAUCAAAAUUGGCAGACAGAAGUUUCCAGAUUCCCAUCCGACAAAAGUGGUCAGUAGAGAUUAUGCUGAAAUAGAUGACAUUGGUGUCAUCCGAGAUGGUGACCACAUAUUCUUUCUUCAGUUUUAAAAAAAUAUAUAGCACAAACCAACCUAACCAGACAACUCAUAGAGAUAAAAGUGUUCCAUUCUAGCGAAAGUAAUGGAUGCACAUGACGGCUUCGACUGAAGAUGUGAAGACGAAGGACAUUUUGACAUUCUUACAAAUAGUUUUGAUCAUUACUAACAUCAUUUAAAUGCUUCAAUGUACAAUAUAGCAGGUGCACGAAGUCAUGUAUGCCUGUGGGCAAAAGCAUUUCUUAGUUCCUUUUAUAGCAGGUUAUGUGUUUGAGUCA